UGGAUGCAGUGUCAAAGUUAUUUGUGAUGAAAAGUUACAUCCCCACAGGUCUAAGAGGAUCCAGGUUCCAUUAUGAGUUUGUUUCUGUCAAAUUCCCCUGUAAAGUACAAGCCCCACAGUACUUGCCAGCCCAGCAGUGCCUUCCAGGGGCUGCUGCAGGCUGGUGUAUUUAACUGGCUCCACGACUGCCAGGUAGUGUUUACAUUAUUGAUAGGCAUGGCUACAAGCAGACUGCUUCCACGGGGCAGAGCUUCAAUCCACCUGCUUGCUAUUACUCCUGUUGCUUGGAGAUCACAAACAGCCAGGCCUUGAGAUGUGUGGCUGCAGAGCAAGUGUUCCAAGUAUGAAGCAGUACUCGGUCAGUCAGCCAGCUCCUGCUUCCACCAAAAAAGGCCCUCCAGCUGCUGAAGGCGUGCCCAAAGGCAUACCCAUAGCCAAGCAGCUGGCAUCAGUAAAAGCUCUAAGAAAAGGCUCAGACCUUGAAAAGGCUUUUGCUACAGCAGCUAUGGUGUAUAACAACUAUGCUGACCCCGAGAACAAGCUCAGCAAAGCUGAAACCAAGAGCUUACUGCAGUCCCAGUUUUGGCAUUUCAUACAGGGCCAAGAAAACAAACCAAAAUACCAGGAAAUAAUUUCUUCCUUGGAUGAGGAGUCGGAGAACAAAAUCAAUUUCGAAGAUUUCAUGAUAUUGUUAGUCAGUCUCACUCUAAUGUCUGACCUGCUGCAGGAGAUCAAAAAUGUGAAAACAACAAAAUGAUCUGUGGUUUUAAAGAAGAAAUGGCUUGGCAGCAUAUGAGGAAAGCAUGAGUGAGCUACACAGAGAUACCACUGUGUGCCUGGAUACCCUGUGCUGGUCCCUUUUAAACUGAAUAAAGUUGUGUCCAAACCUG